AUGGCGUGCACAGAGCCACGGGCGCCAAAGGAAGACCUCAGCCAAUGGAGUGCAGAGAGACACAGGCGCCGAGGGAAGACCUCAGCCAAUGUCGUGCACAGAGCCACGGGCGCCAAAGGAAGACCUCAGCCAAUGGCAUGCAGAGAGACACAGGCACCGAGGGAAGACCCCAGCCAAUGGCGUGCACGGAGCUGCGGGCACCCAGGGAAGACCUCAGUCAAUGGCGUGCAGAGAGCCACAGGCUACGAGGGAAGAACUCAGCCAAUGUCCUGCAGAGAGCCACAGGCUUCAAGGGAAGACCUCAGCCAAUGGCGUGCAGAGAGCCACGGGCGCCAAAGGAAGACCUCAGCCAAUGGCGUGCAGAGAGACACAGGCGCCAAAGGAAGACCUCAGCCAAUGGGGUGCAGAGAGCCACGGGCGCCAAAGGAAGACCUCAGCCAAUGGCGUGCAGAGAGACACAGGCGCCGAGGGAAGACCUCAGCCAAUGGCGCGCAGAGAGCCACAGGCGCCGAGGGAAGACCUCAGCCAAUGGCGUGCAGAGAGACACAGGCGCCGAGGGAAGACCUCAGCCAAUGGCAGGCAGAGAGACACAGGCGCCGAGGGAAGACCUCAGCCAAUGGCGCGCAGAGAGCCACAGGCGCCGAGGGAAGACCUCAGCCAAUGGCGCGCAGAGAGACACAGGCGCCGAGGGAAGACCUCAGCCAGUGGCGCGCAGAGAGCUGUGGGCACCCAGAGAAGACCUCAGCCAAUGGCGUGCAGAGAGACACAGGCACCGAGGGAAGACCCCAGCCAAUGGCGUGCACGGAGCUGCGGGCACCCAGGGAAGACCUCAGUCAAUGGCGUGCAGAGAGCCACAGGCUACGAGGGAAGAACUCAGCCAAUGUCCUGCAGAGAGCCACAGGCUUCAAGGGAAGACCUCAGCCAAUGGCGUGCACGGAGCCGCGGGUGCAGAGGGAAGACUUCAGCCAAUGGCGUGCAGAGAGCUGCGGGCACCCAGGGAAGACCUCAGCCAGUGGCAUGCAGAGAGACACAGGCACCGAGGGAAGACCUCAGCCAAUGGCGUGCACGGAGCUGCGGGCACCCAGGGAAGACCUCAGCCAAUGGCGUGCAGAGAGCCACAGGCUACGAGGGAAGAACUCAGCCAAUGUCGUGCAGAGAGCCACAGGCUUCAAGGGAAGACCUCAGCCAAUGGCGUGCACGGAGCUGCGGGCACCGAGGGAAGAACUCAGCCAAUGGCGUGCAGAGAGCUGUGGGCACCCAGAGAAGACCUCAGCCAAUGGCGUGCACAGAGCCACAGGCUUCAAGGGAAGACCUCAGCCAAUGGCGUGCACGGAGCCGCGGGCGCAGAGGGAAGACUUCAGCCAAUGGCGUGCAGAGAGCUGCGGGCACCCAGGGAAGACCUCAGCCAAUGGCGUGCAGAGAGCCACGGGCGCCAAAGGAAGACCUCAGCCAAUGGCGUGCAGAGAGACACAGGCGCCGAGGGAAGACCUCAGCCAAUGGGGUGCAGAGAGCCACGGGCGCCAAAGGAAGACCUCAGCCAAUGGCGUGCAGAGAGACACAGGCGCCGAGGGAAGACCUCAGCCAAUGGCGCGCAGAGAGCCACAGGCGCCGAGGGAAGACCUCAGCCAAUGGCGCGCAGAGAGCCACAGGCGCCGAGGGAAGACCUCAGCCAAUGGCGCGCAGAGAGACACAGGCGCCGAGGGAAGACCUCAGCCAAUGGCGUGCAGAGAGCUACCGGUGCCGAGGGAAGACCUCAGCCAAUGGCGUGCACGGAGCCGCGGGCGCCGAGGGAAGACCUCAGCCAAUGGCGUGCACGGAGCCGCGGGCGCCGAGGGAAGACCUCAGCCAAUGGCGUGCACGGAGCCGCGGGCGCCGAGGGAAGACCUCAGCCAAUGGCGUGCAGAGAGCUACCGGUGCCGAGGGAAGACCUCAGCCAAUGGCGUGCACGGAGCCGCGGGCGCCGAGGGAAGACCUCAGCCAAUGGCGUGCACGGAGCCGCGGGCGCCGAGGGAAGACCUCAGCCAAUGGCGUGCACGGAGCCGCGGGCGCCGAGGGAAGACCUCAGCCAAUGGCGUGCACGGAGCCGCGGGCGCCGAGGGAAGACCUCAGCCAAUGGCGUGCACGGAGCCGCGGGCGCCGAGGGAAGACCUCAGCCAAUGGCGUGCACGGAGCCGCGGGCGCCGAGGGAAGACCUCAGCCAAUGGCGUGCACGGAGCCGCGGGCGCCGAGGGAAGACCGCCGUCAUGUGAAGACUCAGGAUGGGAUAGGGCUGCGCUGCAGCUGCAAGCCAGGGGACACCUGGGCUACCAGAAGCUGAGAGAGACCAGAAAGGACCCUCCCCCAGAGCCUUCAGAGACAGGCUGGCCCUGCGGACACUCUGAAUUUGAACUUCUGGUCUUCACAACUGUGAGACAGUCAUUUCUGUCGUCUUUAGCCGCCAGCUUUGGGGAGCUUGGCUGUGGCAGCCCCAGGAAACGAACGCCAGGUGAUGGGACAUGGACCACGGUCAACGGGGGCAGAAUCCUGGUGCGCAGGCGCAUUGAAGUGGACGUCUAG